AUGCUCGUGUAUCUCAGCAAGCGCAUCGCCAUGCCGAAUGGCGUGAAGGUGACGUCCAUUGCAUGGAGUGAGGGGCAGGGGUGGCUUGCGUGCGGUGGGGAGAAGGGCCUGCUGAAGGUGCUGAAGGUGGAUGGCGGCCCACAGGGCCAGAGGUCUGGGGGUCUCUCGUCGAGCCAGACGCUGGAGGGGCACGACACCACCGUCGACCUGGUCACGUGGAACCAGCAGUACUGCAAGCUCACAAGCAGCGACGUCAGUGGCCGCAUUAUUGUGUGGAUGCUGCACAAAGGGAUGUGGUUCGAGGAGAUGGUGAACAACCGCAACACCAGCCGCGUCGUCGACUUUGCCUGGAGCCCAACCGGCACGAAGAUUUGCAUUGCGUACGAGGACGGCGCCGUGAUUGUCGGCGGCGUGGAGGGCAACCGCUACUGGGGUCGUGAGCUGCCCUACAAGCUGGCGAAGGUGUGCUGGAGCGCCGACGGCCACUCCAUCCUCUUCGGUACCGCGACGGGUGACGUCUAUGUGCACGACGCGUCCAGCGGCGCACAGCUUAGCCAGGUCGAAGUCCAGUGCAACGAUGACAAGGCCUCGUCCACGCUGUCCGGAUUGUCAUGGCACCCGGCGUGGGUGGAGCGACCGGAGCCGCUGGCGACGCUUGCGAUCUGUUACCGGUCCGGCAAGAUGCAGCUGAUGACCAGCAUCGGCGACGAGACGCCGCGCCUCAUGGACAGCGACUUUCCCGUUCACUUUGUUUCGUGGAAUCCUUCCGGCACGGUUCUCGCGGUGGCCGCGCUCACGCCAGCCACCGUGGAGGACGCGCCCACUGUUGUCACGCAGUUUUUCAGCAACGAGGGCGUUCACCUGCGCACACUGCGGGUGGCUGGUAUGCAGUGCGGCGGGAUCACGUGGGAGGGUGGCGGCCUGCGCGUUGCCAUUGCCGUGGACUCCUCCGUUUACUUUGCGAAUGUCCGGCCCAGCUACAAGUACUGCUACUUCAAGAAGACGGUUGUCUUCGCCUUCACGGUGGCAGACAAAGUCGAGGAGAGCGUCAUGUUUUGGAAUGUCAACACAAACGAACGCAGGACGAAGAGCGUGCGCGGCUUGCAGUACCUGAACGCGUGCAAGGACGCCUGCGUGCUGGUCAGUCGCCCCGACGCGGCGCAGCAGCAGCGGAUGAUUCAGCUGGUGAACGCCAUUGGCAGUCCGUUGGAGACGCGCUUCAUUGACAUGGAGCUGUACACGUACGACAUGAAUUCAUCUGUCGUCGUGUGCGGCGGUGAUGAGUCUAUCUACAUCUGGCAGUUCCGCGACCCCGGCACGGCGGUGGACGCGCUCGACCCCGUCUCGAUGCAGGCAAGCCGCGCUGAGAGCCAGGAGCGCGUCAUCCACAUUGGCGACAUCGUCCGCAGCGACACGGCACCGACGAUGAAGGUGCGCUCGGCUCUCACGAAUGAUCUCAUCUGCGCCAUGUGUGUCAGCGAGACGCACAUGUUCGUUGCUCUCGAGUCAGGGACCCUGCACGUCUAUCAGCUCAGCCCGCUGCAGCUCGUCUCCAAGUACAUCCUGCCCGCCCGUGCGCAGUCCAUGGCAGUGAACUGUAACUCAACGCAGCUGGCCGUCAUCGACCUCGGCUGCAUCACGAGCGUGUAUUCCGUGGAGCGGGACAAGUUCUCACUCGUGCCAUGCAAGGCUGAGGCGAUCGACGGCGUGGAGCUGAAAGACGUGUGGAACUUGCGUUGGGCCGUCGACGACCCGCACCGUUUUGCCGUGAUGGAGAAGACGCGCAUGCUCGUGUACAACUGCGGCGUUGCGGAGGAGCCGGUGCAGUCGUGCGCGAACCUGUGCAAGUUCAAGUCACUCAAGAUCCGAACUCUGCAGCUGGACGAGCUCCUGCUCGACCCGGAGCGGCCCCGCAAGGACUACGUUGUCGACUUUGAGGCGCAGCUGCUGCGCGAGAUGCGCGCUGUGCUGCGCGACGGCACUGCCAAGGAGGCGUACGAGUUUGCCGAGUCGCACAACACCAAGAAGCUAUGGGAGCUGCUGGCGGAGCACACGCUUUUCCAGCUGGACUUCACGUACGCCGAGGUGGCAUUCAUCCACUGCAAGGACUACCCAGCCAUUCAGUUUGUGAAGCGUGUCCGCAGUCUUGACGACCCGAAGAAGCAGCUGGCCGAGGUGAACGCCUACUACCGCCGCUUCGACGAGGCGGAGCGGCUGUACAAGGACGUGGACCGCAAGGACCUGGCACUGGACCUGCGCUACCGUCUCGGUGACUGGUUCGGCGUCGUGCGGCUUGUGCAGGAGGGCGGCGGUGACGAGGCGCUGCUGCUGCAGGCGUGGGAGAACAUCGGCGAUCACUACGCGAGCCGGCAGAAGUGGUCCAAAGCGGCGCAGUACUACACGCAAUGCCGGCACUACCGCAAGCUGGCACAUGUCUUCUACAUCAUCGAGGACUACGAGAUGCUCACCCAGCUCAUCUCCAUGGCGGAGCACGACAAGGAGCUGAUGGUGACCCUGGGCAACAUGCUGCUGACCGUUGGGCUCGCGGAAGAGGCGGCGAAGGCCUUCGUUGCGGCCGGUGAGCCGCGCAUGGCGGUAAACGGCUGUGUGCAGGUGAACAUGUGGGACCGGGCCAUCGCUCUUGCGGAGGAGCACCGACUGGAGGAUGUCGGCCAGCUGCUCGAGAAGUACGCCAAGUACCUCAUCCACCGCGAGCGCCUCACCGAGGCGAUCGAGCUGUACCGCAAGGCAGGCAAGCACGAUGAAGCGGCGACGCUUCUGGCGCAGCUCGGCAAGCGCGCAGCCCUUAGCGACCCGCUCAAGGCGAAGAAGUUCUACGUGCUCUCGGCGCUAGAGGUGCAGAGGUACCGCACCACCGCGAUCGCCCUCAAUCGCGACGGUGCCGAGGUCGUCUCGGAGAUGCUCAACAAGGACCGAAGCACCGUGUCGGAGCGCACGCUCGACGCGGCCUGGCGCGGUGCGGAGGCGUACCACUUUCUGCUCAUGUGCCAGCAGCAGAUUGCGGACAAGAACUUCAAGGCUGCCCUUGUGCUGGCGAUGCGCCUCAUGGAGUACGACGACUUGGUGGCGCCAGUGGACAGCUACAGCCUGAUCGCCUUGACAGCGUACCUUGUGAAGAACUACGGUCUCUGUAGCAAGGCAUUUGCGCGGCUCGAGCAGGCGGAGCGCAACGACGAAGCUGGCGGGGCGACGGCAGCGGCAACGGCACAGUUGGAGAACUUCUCUCUAGACCUCGAUGUGACGCAGCGUACGAUGGCGAGCACGUGCGGCGGGUCCACCGGCGGUGGCACCAGCAUGUUUAGCGGUGGCGGUGGCUCUGCGCUGUCGGGCACCACGACCUCUCUUCAGCUCACAAACCCAGGCAAGGGCGUGACGCGCAUGGCGCCCUUGACGUAUCCGACCGUGAGUCUGCGCGACCCGCCGCGCCCCUUUGCCGACCUUGCGAGGCAGAUUUUCAUGACUCACUCGCCGGUGGAUACGUCUGUGGACUCAGUGCCAUGUCCCACUUGCGGCAGUUUCAACAAGGAGUGGGCGCAGCGCUGCAUCAAGUGUCAGCAGCCCUUCAACACGUGCAUGGUGAGCGGCUGCGCCAUCGCAAGCGAGGACGGGGCGUGGCAAUGCUCCGUGUGCCACCGCAAAGCUCUGGAGGCAGUCGUGGACAAGUACCGCAACUGCCCGCUCUGUCACACAGCCAAGAAGGGCCGCGCGCGCCGCGGAAUUUGA